GCCAGAGAGCUCGACUUCAGUCAUAGUUCAGAUCUAGAAUGUUUCGCAACGCUCGGACAAAUAUCGGUUGGGCCUUGUGGCUGCUGCUGCUGCUGGCGCUGGCGCUGCAGCAGGAGUCGGUGGAUGGUGCGCGCUGCAUUAAGCCGGAUAAUCUGGAAAAUGGAAGCGUUUGGCAACGACGCAACUUUAUACGCUUUCGCUGUUUGCCCACCUUUAUGCUGAUGGGCAACGCGAUGCUCACUUGCGGCCUCAGCGGGCGUCUGAGCGGCGAGCGACCCUUCUGUGCCAAGUCUGGCUGCCGACAGCCGCCCGAUCCGGACAAUGGCCGCAUCGAGACGCAGCGCGGCUUGAUCGCAGCUGUCAUGUGCCACGACGACUAUGUUGUGGCAGGAAAUGGCGUGGCCUAUUGCAACGGCCGCGUCUGGGAUCGCACGCUGGGAAGCUGUCGGCAUCGCAAUCAUACGCAGAGUCACGCCUGCGACUUUGAGACCGAGGAUCUGUGCGGCUGGCAGCCGAGCUACUCCCUGGUGCAGCCCUGGCGACGAGUCGCCACCGUGAGUCACUUCCACUCGUAUCGCACGGGUCCGCGCCACGAUCACACCCUGCAGAAUGCCUACGGCGGCCACUACAUGCUGAUGGAGACGUCUGUCUUCUCCACCGGCGUACACCACUUGGUGUCGCCCAUCUAUCCGCGGGAGCUGAGCCUGAAGACCGCCUGCUGCUUCCGUUUUCACUACUUCAUGUACGGCUCGGACGUUGGCGAUCUGGUGGUCUCAGUCAAGCCGCAAGACCUGCGUGUGGAGCAGAUGUGGACGCAGUACCGCAAGCAAUAUACAAAGUUCACAGUAUCGGGCAAUCAGGGCAACCAGUGGCUGGAGCAUACGAUCUCCAUUGAUGAAAUGCCGAGCGAUUUUCAAGUGAUCUUCACGGCGACCGAUUCGUCGGCUCACUUCGGCGACAUCGCCAUCGACGAUGUGCGUCUGAUGACGGGCAGCCAGCUGUGCGGCUGGUCAUACACCACGACGUCGGAGCAGCCAGUGGCCCAGACCUUCGAGCCGGUGAUCUAUGACACAAUGAACUGCACCAACCGCUGCAACACGCCAGCCCCGUUGGACGACGAAGUGCGCGACGAUGGCAAGUUGAUAAAAGCUUGCGGCUGUGAUGCCGGCUGCGUGGAUCAGGAGAACUGUUGCCCCGACUAUGUCCAGACGUGUGUUGAAACUGACAGGGAUUCCACAACAGAGACGGCAAUUUCAGAAACACCCGAAUGGGGUACAACAUCUAAAGCAACAACGCCAACAACAACAACACGCAAAACAACGUCAACAACGCCAACAACAACAACAACACGCAAAACAACAACAACACGUAAAACAACAACAACGCGUAAAACAACAACAACGCGUAAAACAACAACAACAACGCGAAAAACAACAACACCAACAACUACUACUACGAGCACCACCACGCCCCGAACAACAAAAACAACAACUACAACCACGAGCACCACCACACCGCGAACAACAACGCCGACAACAACAACGACAACAACGACGCCGACGACAUCGAGCACUGCUGGGAAAACUGAAACAUCUGGGUAUCCGCACUGUACUCGCAUGGCGAUUUCAUUCAUCUUCUUCUUCUUCGUUUUCUUCUGCCCUGACACAAUAAAAGCUGUUAUGAAAAUGCCAUGGAAAAACAUGUUCAUGCAAAUGCAAAACAUUGUUAAACAUACCCCGCCUCCCACAUCCCGCGAGCCCUUCUCUUCACACAGCGCCCCAUAUAGCGCCAAUUACCCUGACUCCCAGCGCUCGACUCCUCCUCACAUUCUGUGCAGCACGUACGCUUCGUUCGAUGUUGGCAGCGACGCCUUCGCCUUCUGA